GUUAUUCCUGGAAUAUCUGGCUUUUAUUAAGAGAGGAAGCGUGGCCAGGUGCAGUGGCUUUCACCUGUAAUCUCAUCACUUUGGGAGGCCAAGGUGGCAGAUCACUUGAGCUCAGGAGUUCAAGACUAGCCUGGCCAACAUGGUGAAGCCCCAUCUCUACUAAGAAUACAAAAAUUAGCUGGGUGUCAUGGUGCAGACCUGUAAUCACAGCUACUGAGGAGGCUGAGACAGGAGAAUCCCUUGAACCUGACAGGCAGUUUGCAGUGGGCCAAGAUCACACCACUGCGCUCCAGCCUGGAUGACAGAGUAAGACUUUGUCUAAAAAAAAUAGAAAAAAAGAAGUGAAGUAUAACAAUAAAUCCGUUCAUGUUAGUAGCAAGGGAAGGUCAGUUUACUAUUUUUUCCUCUAUAAUAGCAGUUCUCAAAAUGCGGUCCCAGGGCCAGUAGCAUCUGCAUCAUCUGGGACUUGUUAAAAAUAAACAUUCUUAGCCUGUACCUCAGACUCACUGAGUGUCAUGGAAGCAGAAGCAGCAAUUUGUUUUUUAAGAAGCCAUCCAAGUGAUUCUGGGCUAAAGUUUGACACACAUUGGUGUAAAUUUAAAAAGCAUGUUUCAAACUAUGAAAGACCUGGUUUCAAUUCUAACGUUAGCUAGAUGAUUUUGGAUACAUCAUCUAAUUUUCUGGUGCCAUGGUUUCCUUAUCUGGUUAAUAAUAUCCCUAUCACUGGUCGUAUAAGUAUUACAAAUACUACCUGAUAGGUGAUAUUGCUCAUUUGCUUACUGGAAGGCUCUCCUCUCCAAGUGAUUCAGAUGCACGCUUAAGUUUGAGAACCACUUGUUUCAAACUUUGGUCUAUAAGAUGUCAUACAUUGGAAACAGAAUCAGCUAUAGAAUUUGCAAGGUCCAUUGUAAAAUGAAAAUGCAGAGUCCAUUGAUCAAAAAUUAAGAAUUUCAAGAGAGUGAGAGCAGAGCAUUAAACCAAGUGUGACAACCCACUAAGCUCAGCCCUAUGAGUGCUCAGCUUUUGAAUGUCCAAAGACAAGUUUCUGCUUCUAUCUAAACACACUAUAUAUUUUUUACAUUAACAUAAUAUAAUUGCAUGAAAGUAGGCCACGUUUCCCCCUUAGACAUUACCAAUCUUACCUCCUGAGCUGUUUCCCUCCGUAGAUAGACAUGAUCAUUAGCUUCCUGGUUUUUGCUCUCUCUGUUGUCAUCCUUUUAGCUAUUCAAAUAUAUUUUUACUUCAAGACCCAACUUAAGGUCCCUAUCCUCCAUGAAAUCUUUCCUUACCACCUUAACCUACUAAUCUGUCUUUUUAAACGUAUCUAGUACUUAUUUUAUACCAAACAUUUAGCUUUUUUAAUAUAUCAAUGAGUGCUGAUCACUGUGUUCAUAUUGUUUCUAGAGUUUGAAUACAAGCAUCUUGAGCUUUGAGAUAGUGUCAUCAUUUUACAAUGGAAAGGGCACAUGCUUUUGAGCUCAAUAAAGCUUAGGUGUAAAUACUGUCUCCCACUUACUAGCUGUGACUGGGGAAAUUAAUCAACUUUUGAGUCUCAGAAUCUUCAUUAGGAAAAUGGGAUAAUAAGACCUGUUGUGAAUGAUUCAAUAAUAUAUGUAAAGCUCUUGGCAUAUAUAAGGGCUCAUAAAAUUUUAGUUCCUCUAUCACAUGUACGCUUCCUUAUAUCUGAUUUUGCUUCAGCCAAUAUCCCAGUGCUGAGCACAAAGGCAGUAUUCAAUAAAUAUUUGCUCUUUGGAAGAUAUAUAUAUUUAAUGUACUAUUUUAUAUUUACCCAAGAACUAAACCCAUUCUAUGCUGAAUUUUUGUAUAAUGUGUUAUCUCUUACUUGUUUGUAAGUUUUUGUCUUCACAUGCCAGCUUUUGUAAAAAUAAAUAAAUGUUUAAUUUUGUAGACUUCAUAUUUUCAAAGCAUAUUCACAACCAUAUUAUUAAAGACACUCUUAAUGGGUAAAAAGAUAGAUCUUACUCCCAAUCAAGAAAUGGGAAAAACUGGCACUGGUAGCUAAGGAAUUGCUCUAAAUGACAGUACAGGCUUAUUUUAAUACACAGUAAAAUGUCCAAGAGGCUUUGUUUCAUUAUUUUUUCCCACUAUACCAAUCUCUCAGGUCAAAAAAAAAAAUAGAUCUGUAAAGUAUAUACAGGAACAACUAUUUUAAUUAAAAUAAUAUAAACAAGCCUGUUUCUUUUUAUUCUGGUACAGAGUAGGCACUUGAUGACUGGAUUAAAAACAGCACAUGAUGUACUAUCAAUUGCAGUUCCUGGUUUACAGCUCUAAGCAGUAGAGAGUGAGUUUUUUAAACUGCUCUUUUUGAUAAAUGCAUUUUAAAGAGGGCUUUUUCUUCCAAUGAAAACUUAAGAACAAGGUUCAUUAUUUUUAAGAUAGUUUCAAUUUGAGGCCUAGCACAUCAUGCUUAAGAGCUGGCUUUUUCCUUACGCGAAUGAUCCUUUCUCUAAACUGGUGGAAACCACACUUUGGCUGCCAAACUUAUGACUCAAAGGCCCUAGAGGGCUUUUUGUAGCUUCCCAGCCACAGUCCAGAAACCAUAAGCUAUUCCACGUGAAACAACCAAACACGGUCGCCCAAGCCAAAGGCCGGCUACCCUCAAGCCUUCUGUAUAAAAGGCAAAUGAGAAGGCAGCACCCCUUUCUGCUACCACCCCCUUCUGCUCCCACCCCCUUCUGCUCCCACCCCUUUCUGCUCCCGCCCCCUUCAUGUCUGUAGUAGCCAAUCACUUUUCUCUGUCGUGUGGUCGGCCUCUGGGAUUGGCCAGGGACUGGAACGGCGCGGAACCACUGCGCGAACAGGCGGAGCGAGGAGACUUGUCCGUCACGUGCGGCAGCCCUGCCUCUCGGCCUCACCGCGCGCCUGGCGGGGUUGGGGGGCGGGGACCGAGAUCUGCUGCGCCUGCGUUGUGGGCGUUCUCCGGGAGCUGCUGCCUUCACCGCCGUCGCCACUACCACAGUGUUCGGGUGUAGAAUUUGGAAUCCCUGCGCCGCGUUAACAAUGAAGCAGAGUUCGAACGUGCCGGCUUUCCUCAGCAAGCUGUGGACGCUUGUGGAGGAAACCCACACUAACGAGUUCAUCACCUGGAGUCAGAAUGGCCAGAGUUUUCUGGUCUUGGAUGAGCAACGAUUUGCAAAAGAAAUUCUUCCCAAAUAUUUCAAGCAUAAUAACAUGGCAAGCUUUGUGAGGCAACUGAAUAUGUAUGGUUUCCGUAAAGUAGUACAUAUUGACUCUGGAAUUGUAAAGCAGGAAAGAGAUGGUCCUGUAGAAUUUCAGCAUCCUUACUUCAAACAAGGACAGGACGACUUGUUGGAGAACAUUAAAAGGAAGGUUUCAUCUUCAAAACCAGAAGAAAACAAAAUUCGUCAGGAAGAUUUAACAAAAAUUAUAAGUAGUGCUCAGAAGGUUCAAAUAAAACAGGAAACUAUUGAGUCCAGGCUUUCUGAAUUAAAAAGUGAGAAUGAGUCCCUUUGGAAAGAGGUGUCAGAGUUACGAGCAAAACAUGCACAACAGCAACAAGUUAUUCGAAAGAUUGUCCAGUUUAUUGUUACAUUGGUUCAAAAUAACCAACUUGUGAGUUUAAAACGUAAAAGGCCUCUACUUCUAAACACUAAUGGAGCCCAGAAGAAGAAUCUGUUUCAGCACAUAGUCAAAGAACCAACUGAUAAUCACCAUCAUAAAGUUCCACACAGUAGGACUGAAGGUUUAAAGCCAAGGGAGAGGAUUUCAGAUGACAUCAUUAUUUAUGAUGUUACUGAUGAUAAUGCAGAUGAAGAAAAUAUCCCAGUUAUUCCAGAAACUAAUGAGGAUGUUAUAUCUGAUCCCUCCAACUGUAGCCAGUACCCUGAUAUUGUCAUUGUUGAAGAUGACAAUGAAGAUGAGUAUGCACCUGUCAUUCAGAGUGGAGAGCAGAGUGAACCAGCUAGAGAAUCCCUAAGUUCAGGCAGCGAUGGAAGCAGCCCUCUCAUGUCUAGUGCUGUCCAGUUAAAUGGCUCAUCCAGUCUGACCUCAGAAGAUCCAGUGACCAUGAUGGAUUCCAUUUUGAAUGAUAACAUUAAUCUUUUGGGAAAGGUUGAGCUGUUGGAUUAUCUUGACAGUAUUGAUUGCAGUUUAGAGGACUUCCAAGCCAUGCUAUCAGGAAGACAAUUUAGCAUAGACCCAGAUCUCCUGGUUGAUCUUUUCACUAGUUCUGUGCAGAUGAAUUCCACAGAUUACAUCAAUAAUACAAAAUCUGAGAAUAAAGGUCUAGAAACUACCAAGAAUAACGUAGUUCAGCCAGUUUCAGAAGAGGGAAGAAAAUCUAAAUCCAAACCAGAUAAGCAGCUUAUCCAGUAUACUGCCUUUCCACUUCUUGCAUUCCUCGAUGGGAACCCUGCUUCUUCUGUUGAACAGGCGAGUACAACAGCAUCAUCAGAAGUUAUGUCCUCUGUAGAUAAACCCAUAGAAGUUGAUGAGCUUCUGGAUAGCAGCCUAGACCCAGAACCAACCCAAAGUAAGCUUGUUCGCCUGGAGCCAUUGACUGAAGCUGAAGCUAGUGAAGCUACACUGUUUUAUUUAUGUGAACUUGCUCCUGCACCUCUGGAUAGUGAUAUGCCACUUUUAGAUAGCUAAAUCCCCAAGAAGUGGACUUUACAUGUAUAUAUUCAUCAAAAUGAUGAACUAUUUAUUUUAAAGUAUCAUUUGGUACUUUUUUUGUAAAUUGCUUUGUUUUGUUUAAUCAGAUACUGUGGAAUAAAAGCACCUUUUGCUUUUCUCACUAACCACACACUGUUGCAAAGCUUUCAGAUGUUACUCAGCUGCAUCGGUAACAGAUUUAAUGCACAUUAUUGGCAUAUCUUUAAGUUGGAUUCAAAUGGCCAUUUUUCUCCAAUUGUGGUAAAUUGGAUUUCUUUCUUUUUUUUUUAUUUUUUUUUUUUACAAAUAUGACCAUUAACCUCAGUUAAAUUUUUGUUUUCUUGUUUGAUGCUGUCUGUUUGCAUUGAGUGUAAGUCAUUUGAACUAAUGGUAUAACUCUUAAAGCUUUCUCUGCUCCAGUUAUUUUUAUUAAAUAUUUUCCACUUCGCUUAUUUUUAAAAACUGGGAACAUAAAGUGCCUGUAUCUUGUAAAACUUCAUUUGUUUCUUUUGAUUCAGAGAAAUUCAUUUAUGUUCAAAGAAGUUUAUUUAUAUUCAAUGGUAAAGACAAAGUGUACAUGAAUGCUCACUGUCUGAUAGGGUUCCAGCACCAUAUAUGUAGAAAGAUGUGGGGGAUGGGAUGGAGUCAGUGCCAUCCACUUAGUUGGACUAGUUUUAAGUAAAGGUUUUCUGGUUUGUGUUUUUUUGAACCAUACUGUUUAGUAAAAUAAAUACAAUGAAUGUUGAGAA